AUGAAUAACUCACUCGCGGCUCAUCUUAACGAAACUGAUCCGGAGGAUAAUGAUAUGGAUUAUGAGACAUCUAAUGACCAUGACGACAGCGAGGAAGAUGUGCUUGAAUUUGAAGAUGCAACAGAAGACCAGGAUGAGGAGAGCGAAGAGGAACUGGAUGAUGGUGAUGAUGAUGAUGACGAAAUCGAUACACGAGCUAGAGCAGUGCAGAUUGCACGCUUACUUCAAGGACGGAUUCAAUUCAACAGAAAUAUGAUAUUCAGACUUAGCAGUGGAAACAGCGCAUUUGUUGAGAUAGAUAGAUACCCGCGACGGCCUCCUCCCCACUAUAGCGAAAUCGAUCCGGUGCCGAGUGCGAUUGGUCAGGAACUCAUGAGAUCAGGAGACUUUGGAUCUAAUGAGUUGCAGAGCUAUGGGGCCGGUGGUGCUUCAAAACCAACUAAAGGCUUUACGCUAUCCAGACGAUUGCUCGAAAGGGAGAUUGGGAGCUACGUUGGAGAACGAGGUAGAAUUUUAAACCAAUUGAUGGCACAAUCAAUGCUUCCAAGCAGUGAAGCGGACUUUAUCAUCCAUUAUGACAAUCGCUCCUAUUCUGGCCAAUUUUCCGAAGAUGGGAAUUUCUUUUACAGCUGUUCUCAAGAUUUCCAGGUACGGAUGUACGAUACCUCAAAUCCAUACGAAUGGAAAUAUUAUAAGUCUGUGGAUUAUAUUGGCGGAAGAUGGACCAUCACCGAUGCGACUCUUUCUCCAGAUAACAACCACUUAGCCUAUAGUAGCAUAGCAAGCUGUGUCUUCAUGGCGAACACAAACCCUGGUAAUGACGAAAUUAUUCCUUUAGAGCUAAGCCAUGGAGAACGUGGGAACAUAAAUGUUAUGGAUCCUCAUUAUGGUAUAUGGUCUGUUCGAUUCUCUGGUGAUGGUCGUGAAAUUGUAGCUGGGGCAAGCGAUAGUUGUCUCUAUGUAUAUGACAUAGAGACCCGUACGCCGAUUCUCAAGCUUCAAGGACAUGAGGAAGACGUUAACGCCGUUUGCUAUGGAGAUCAAAAUUCCCCUCAUAUUCUCUACUCUGGGUCUGAUGAUACUACAAUCAAAGUAUGGGAUCGGCGCAGUAUGGCAGAUGGGCGGGAGGUAGGUGUGUUUGCCGGACACACGGAAGGUUUAACAUAUGUGGAUAGCAAAGGAGAUGGAAGAUAUGUUCUUUCUAACGCUAAAGACCAGACUAUGAAGAAAAUGAUGGAUCCUAAAGAAUUUGAUGGAUUACCUCACUUUAAUUACUCCAGUGGAUUUGACUACCGCUCGCAGAUGGAACCCCCUAUAAAGCUACCACACGAUUCUUCUUUAGUUACGUACCGUGGGCAUAGUGUCCAUAAAACCUUGAUCCGAUGCCACUUCUCACCACCCACCUCAACUGGAUCUCGAUACGUCUAUACUGGUUCUUCAGAUGGAAAAGCCAAAAUUUACAAUCUUGAUGCAACGAUUGCUGGCGAGAUAGAUGUCAAUGCUGCCACGUUGAAUACUAGACCAGUGGACGAAAGGUCGAAUAAUAGCUGGUAUCGCGAUUGGGACGAGGGAUCAAACUCGAGGACGUCAUGGAAGACAUGUGAAAAGAUGUCUAACAAGGAACUUAGCUACUUGUUGGAAUGGGUAUGGAUUCACUACAGGGACAGUGAGCUUACACACUUGGAAUGGUGGAAAAUCAAGGUUAUCGAACAGGGACGGAAAGGUGACCGCGAGGAGAUAUAA